AAGGCCCAACCAAAAAAAGCCACCAGCAUCAGUCAGAAGUAAUCUGUAGAUGCUGAUCAAAGAUGCUUACGCAUAACAGUCAAGUGAACCCGAACGCUAAAUCAUGAAAACUGUAAUCUAUUAUCAUAACAUCCUACUCAGAAGCAUAAUAAAAAAGAGCCACACUUAAGCUACUGGAGCAGCAUCACAGACGGUCAACCAAGCUGAGAUUGCUUUACAGCUGCUGCUAUUUCUUCAGCCAGAAGCAAAAACAUGCUGGUAAUAUUAGUUCUUGAGGUCAUCUGGUUUUGAUCUCAUCAAAAGCAACAUUUCUAGCAAGCCUCUGCAAUGGAGAUGCUUCAGGCCAGCAACACAGCCAUGGGUUUUAUGGCAUUUGGACCAGGCUGGUAAUACCAAAAUACCAAGAUCACCCUUGAUAUUCCUGGAAAUUACAGCUGAAAAGGAUGCUUCUUUUGCAAAUCCAGCCAUACAGCAUGUGGCUUUCUCUCAGCAGUUGAAAGGAACAUGUUCCCCAGAAUAAACCCAUGAUGACCAAUUUCAGCCAACCACUGCUUUCUUCUUUUAAUGCUUCAAUGGACUAUAAUACAAGUGAGAAUAUAAUGGCAUAUAAUGAUGAUGGAGUCCCAGUUGAUGGAAACUCUGAUAUAAAUUACUUAGAAGUCGUAACAGGCACCAUCUGUCUUCUUAUCUCCCCUCCUGGCCUGCUAGGGAAUGGGAUUGUCAUUUGGCUCCUGGGCUUCCGCGUUAAGAGGAAUCCCUUUACGGUCUACAUUUUCAACCUCUCUAUUGCUGACUUUGGUGUGCUCACAACGCAAGCGACUUUUGGUAUAUUAAUAAUAUUGCAGUAUUUUCAUCUUCUCCCAUUUUUUUUCAACAUAUAUAUUUUUUUGCAUGUCAUGAAUAUAUUCACAUUCAUAGCCAGUAAUUUCCUCCUAAUAGUAAUCAGCGUUGACAGGUGUGUGUGUGUCUUCUUUCCACUUUGGCAUCGAUGCCACCGGCCACCCCUUUUAUCCACUGCUGUUUGUGUCAUGACAUGGAUCCUCACCUUGAUCUUCACCACAGGUGCCAUCCUCCUUGACCUAUUGAAGUUUGUAUUCCUCUUGAAUACUGUGCUUUUGACACCCAUUAUGUGUGUUUCCACUCUAGCCAUGUUAACCAAAGUCCGCUUGAGGUCACUACAGCAGAAGAGAGGAAAAAUGUUAAGAGCCAUUUUACUUACACUUCUCUUUUUCCUCCUCUUUGCUUUUCCAAUUAACGGCAUUCACAGUCUUUCCUUUUUAAAAGAACAAUAUCUUCAUGUCUAUGCAUAUGGGUAUGUAUGUUUCAGUUUAAAUAGUGCCAUUAACCCCUUGAUCUAUUAUUUGGUAGGAAGAGGAAACAGAGGUAGAUCCAGCAAGAGACUAAAUAAAGUACUUGAGAAACUUUUCAAGGAGGAGGAAGAUUGUAGAGAAAAUCAGGAAACCUUAAAUGAGACUCAGUUAUAAGGAUUCUUUGACAGGGAAGUUAGUCUUUCAUAAACCCUAGGUAAACUUAGGCUAUAUCAUAAAGUGAAACAAUUCAUUGGAAAAAAACAAUAACACUGGGCAAUGAAAAAGGCAGUAGGAAAAGGAAUAAAUCCUCAUUAAAGGUAGAUUGAUUAAAUGAAGGAAGCCACAGACCUGAAUUUGCAAAACCUGAACUGAUGACUUGUCCUUUCUGAAGUCUCUCAUUCAUUCAGUUGCCAUAAGUUGAAGUCAACUUGAUGACACAUAAGGACAAAAACUGUGUGUGUGUGUGUGUGUGUGUGUGUCUCAAUGACAUUCAAAACUGCAUAUUAGAGAUUAUAAGUGAUUUACAAAAUGAUACAUUUACAUAACAAAAAAAUGUCCCUAUGCUUUGUCAAUUCUUGAAAUACAACAUGGCACCCAAAAGAUUGAGAAUACAUUAUAAAAAAUAUGA